AUGGCAAAUGAGGGAACUUCACCUAAAAUUCCAACCAUUCAGCUAAGCCAUGGUGGAGUGUCCAUGCCGGUACUGGGUCUAGGCAUGGCUCCUAACCCGCCGGUGCCCGAUGAGGUAACAAAAAAUGCCGUAAUCGACGCUGUGGAAGUGGGUUACCGGCACUUUGAUACAGCCACCAUCUACUUUACAGAGAAGGCUCUUGGAGAGGGAAUCACUCAAGUGCUUAACUGUGGAAUGGUUAAAUCAAGAGAGGAGCUUUUCAUCACUUCUAAGCUGUGGGUUAGUGAUGCACAUCCUAAUCUUGUUGUUCCUGCACUCAAAACUACCUUAAAGAACAUGAAGCUGGAGUACUUGGAUCUAUACCUUAUACAUUGGGCUGUAAGCGCAAAGCCAGGGCCACCAGUCUAUCCCAUUAAGCAGGAAGACUUCCUUCCUUUCGACCUCAAGGGUGUGUGGACUGCCAUGGAAGAGUGCCAAAGACUUGGGCUCGCCAAAGCCAUCGGCGUUAGCAACUUCACGCAGAAGAAGCUUCAACAGCUCUUGACCAUUGCAACCAUACCACCCGCAGUCAACCAGGUGGAGGUUAACCCUACAUGGCAACAAAAGGAGCUGAUAAAUUUCUGCAAGUCGAAACAUAUUCUAGUAACAGCAUACUCGCCGUUGGGUGGCCCUCUUGGCGGGCAUAAUGGAGUCAUGGAGUCCAACAUUCUCAAGGAGAUAGCAAAGGCUAAAGGAAAGACAGUUGCCCAGGUUGCUUUGAGGUGGGGAUAUGAGCAAGGCAUUGCAGUUGUGGUGAAGAGCUUCAACAAAGACAGGAUGAAACAGAACCUCGGAAUUUUCGACUGGGAACUAACUUCAGACGAGCACGAGAAGAUACGUAGUAUCCCACAAGGCAGAACAUGCGAUGGAUCGGAUUACACUUCACCGUUAGGCCCUAUAUGUACAAUUGAAGAGCUUUGGGAUGGAGAGAUAUAAACUGUCCUAUUCCAGUUUCUGAUAUGCAACCUAUAUCAGGUCCAUUAUGAAGAGUAGUAUUUUAUUUGGGGCUGUUUAAACCUAUGAUCAGAUUACGAAUAGAUUUUAUUUUGCUGUAGUCCUGCGUCUGUGAGGACCAACAAGUUGCUUCAAGAACAUAUGUUAUAAUACAGUAAUAAAGAAGCAAAGCGUGGAUUAUGCAAUAGGGUGCACAAUGCUCAUCAAAAAGAACA